AUGUACGGAAUAAGUCUGGAAUAUCUUAAAGAAACAGGGGGAACUACACCUCGAAGAUCAAUGUCUUCAUAUAAAAGAUACAUAUAUUAUGGAACCUUAUUGGCUGUACUUCUUUAUGGAACUUCAUUUUUACUUAUAACUAUAGAAAGAUUCUCCACUACAUUUGAAUUACAAUCCAUCUCAGCAUUCAGCAACAAUAAUGAUGAACUACCAGAGUUUGCCAGCCCGUCUACACGAUCGACAGAUUUUAAAGGGAAAAUUCCUUUGAGCAAGAAGAUUUAUGAUGAUCAUGUCUUGGCUCCAAAAUUACACUCCAUUCAAUGGAUCAAAACCCCAGAAUCCAUUUACGAUGAUCAAGGUACUUAUGUCAUUAAAGAAGAAGAAAAGGAUAAAGAUUCUGGUUUUAGGGUUGUUGUCAAAUCUUUAGCUGAUGAAUCCUAUGAAAAAGUUUUAAUUGAAAGUAGUAAAUUCAAAUACAAGGGCAGAGAACAUGAAAUUACAGAUUACAUAGCAUCUCCAGAUUUAUCCAAAGUUAUUUUGAAGACUGAUGUGACUAGUCUCUGGAGAUAUUCAUCAGUUUCACUUUACUGGGUAUUGGAUAUUGAGAGCAAGACAAUUGAACCUAUUUAUAACGAGAUUGAUAAAAUUUCAACAGUAUCUUGGUCACCAGAUUCAAACAAGAUUGCUUUUAUUUUUGAUAACAACUUAUACUAUAAAUCACUUCAGCUGAAUGAAAUUGUACAAAUAACUUCAGAUGGCUCUCCAUCCAUUUUUAAUGGGAAACCAGAUUGGGUGUAUGAAGAAGAAGUUUACGGAUCAGAUAAAGUUUUCUGGUGGUCUCACAAUAGUGACAAGAUUGCCUUUUUAAGAUCAAACAACACUGAAGUUCCAGAGUUUACCCUUCCAUUCUAUGCACAAGAGGAACAUCUUGAUUAUCCAGAGAUUGUCAAGAUUAAGUAUCCAAAAGCAGGAUAUCCUAAUCCAAUUGUAGAUGUUUUAACAUAUGAUUUGGAAAAGGACAAGGUACACGAACAUGAUUUGAAAUCCAAAACUAUUGAUAUUCACAACAGAUUAAUUACUGAAGUUGUCUGGAUCGGCGAAUCCUUGAAAGUGAAAACAUCUAACCGUCAUAGUGACUUGUUGGAGAUUUUCUUGAUCAGCCGUAACGAGAAAGUUUCUUUGAUUAGAACUUUACAUGCUGAAGACUCGUGGUUUGAAGCCUCAGCUUCCACUGUUCAUAUUCCAGCCAAUGAAACUCUUGGCAGAAAGUAUGAUGGUUAUUUAGAUAUCGUCGUUGAAGGCGGUUACAAUCAUUUGGCUUAUUUUUCUCCACCUGAUAGUCCAGACUAUGAAUUGUUGACAAAGGGUAACUGGGAAGUAACUGAUGGAGUUGUAUUUGAUGAUGCUUCCAACACUGUUUAUUUCACCAGUACAGCAAAAUCCCCAAUCGAAAGACAUGUUCAUGCUAUUGAAUUGUUAGACAGAACCAACAAUGGAUUGCCAUAUAUUAAAGACAUAACCACUAAAGAAGGUUGGUAUUCUGCAUCAUUUUCAUCAGGUGCUAGAUUUUUGUUUUUGUCUGAUUUGGGGCCAGGUGUUCCAACCCAAAGGGUAAACGAUUUGAAAAUGAACAAGAAUGUCAAGACUAUUGAAGACAACGCCGAGUUGGUUGCCAAAUUGAGAGACUAUAUCAUCCCAGAAGUUAAAUAUUCACAGGUUGAAUUGACAGAUGAAGAAGGUGGUAAGUUUUUGGCCACUGCCAUGGAGACAUUACCUUUGAAUUUUGACAAGAAGAGAAAGUAUCCUGUAUUGUUUUUUAUCUAUGGUGGACCUGGAUCCCAAACUGUUACCAAGAAGUGGGCUGUUUCUUUCAGUUCAUUAAUUGCUGCCGAAUUAGAUGCCAUUGUUGUUACUGUUGACGGUAGAGGUACUGGUUUUAAUAACUUGAACUAUAAAUUAGGAUCCAAGUUUAAAUUUAUUGUGAGAGACAAAUUGGGUAAAUAUGAACCGCUUGAUGUUAUUGCUGCAGCCAACAAAUGGGCCGAAAAAUCAUAUGUUGAUCCUGAAAGAAUUGCCGUUUGGGGUUGGUCCUAUGGUGGAUUCUUGACCUUGAAAACUUUGGAAACCGAUGUCAAGAACCCAAUUUUUAACUAUGGUGUUGCCAUCGCCCCAGUGACAAGAUGGAGACUUUAUGAUUCCAUCUAUACUGAACGAUAUUUGAACACUCCAGCUGAAAAUCCAUACGGGUAUGAAACUGGUAGUAUUCAGAAUGUAACAAAUUUCAAACAUGUCAAGAAGUUUUUUAUUGGUCAUGGAAGUGGGGAUGAUAAUGUUCAUGUGCAACAUACUUUACAAUUAUUAGAUGAGUUUAAUCUUGCAGAAGUUGAAAACUACGAAUUUAUGAUUUUCCCAGAUAGCAAUCAUGCUAUGAAUUAUCAUAAUGGACAAAAAGUUGUUUAUGAUAGAAUCUUGCUGUUUUUCAGAAGAGCUUUCGACUGGGAGUUUGUAUAA